GUGAAGGGGAGACGCCGCGGCCAAACCAUUCGUCCCUCAAGUUAUUUCUUAUUUCCUUUCCGUGCCCUUUCUUUCUUUUCGUUCUUCCGAUCUCCCACCUCCUCUCUCUCUCUCUCUCUCUUCCCCUUUAUAAACCCGCCUCACAAAAAAAUGAAGCUAGAUUUUUAGGUGCUGCCUGUGAUCGAGAUCGUUAGUUUGAGUAAAAAGAGUGAUGUGAUCCGUGUCCCCUCCUCCUCCUCUUGCUAACGCUGAACCUUCGAGUUCUCCGUUCGCCGGAACCCGGGGUGAUCGCGGCGUCGUACCUCCGCCGGUGUCCGGCACCAUGAACCCCGGGGAGACCACGCCCCCGUCGCCGCUCGACAAGCCCCUCGCCGAGCUCACCGAGGAGGACAUCGCCCAGCUCACCCGCGAGGACUGCCGCCGCUUCCUCAAAGCGAAAGGCAUGCGACGGCCGUCGUGGAACAAGUCGCAGGCGAUCCAGCAGGUCAUCUCUCUCAAGGCCCUUCUCGAGGGGCGGCCCGGCUGUGACGACUGCCCUGCUGGCGGCGGAAUCCUCCAAAAGCUGCUCACUUCUUCUCCUUCGGAGCCGCUAUCGCCACCGCAGGACUCACCUCCUCCCGCGCCGAAGGAGGGCGGUAGCGGAUCACAGCCGCUGGCGAAGGAGCCGUCGCCGUAUCGAAGGAGGGACCCGAUCCCACCGCCCUAUUCAGCCGGAAAUCCGACGUGCCAGACCCCAAUUGCCGGAGCUGACCUUCCCCACCCGCCGGAGAAGCGCUGCCCCUCCCCCAGGUUGACGGCGGAAGUACCGGUCGGCCAGAUGACGAUCUUCUACGACGGGAUGGUCAACGUAUACGACGGCGUCUCGGCCGAUCAGGCCAGGUCGAUCAUGGAACUUGCGGCCAGCCCGGUCUGCUUCGACGAUCCGACCGGUGCAUUCUCUCCGGCCCGGCCGCCGGCCUUUCGCUUCCCUCCGGGUCUCCCCCGACCGGCCCCGGUCCCCACCGCUCCCUCGUUCGUGGGGACCUUCCCGAUCUCGCCGGCUGGCACGAUGAUCCACCGUGUCGCGGACGGCUCGGAUGACCGCAGAGUCCCGCGGGAAACGGAGCCCGAGGGCCCAACAAGCAGAAAAGCAUCAUUGCAGAGAUACUUGGAGAAAAGGAAAGACAGGUUUAAGGGCAAGAAAAUUAUUGGGGGACCAACUUCUUCAAAUAUGGAGAUGAUUUGCUUCAACCAAAAGUUGAGUUGUCCAAACCAAAAUGAGCUUCCAAACCCAUGCGACACAAGCUUUCCUACCCUAAUUCAACAGCCUCAAUCCCCAGCUAAGUGUAGCCCAGCAGAAAAUGAAACUCAAAGAGAGAAAAUUUUCUUUGAUCUCAACGAUGACGGAUGAGAGAAGAACUUGGCGCUUGCCUUACACUAUCUACUCAUAACUCAUGGACAAGUCUCAUCUGAUUAAUUGGGUCUCUCUCGUCCACCACCCUCUUGUAUUCUGAAGAAUCUUUUGUGGUGGGAAUUGAUGGAUCCGCCUAUGACCUAACAUCAAUUUUUGGACGACGAAACUUAUGGCGAUGCUACUCUAGCAGACUCUGCCCUUUGAAUUUGGGGACUCUGAUUGAGCAUGUUGGUAAAAGCACAAUGAUAAUGUUUAUAACCCAGUUGAUAUGUUCUCCGGCACUAGAUUUUGACAUAUUCGACGAGAUUGUGUCGUUUUGUUUUGUUUCUUAUUUGUAUUUGUAUAUAUAUGCAAUGGCAACCAUCGCCUCGGCAAUUAAUAAGAUUUUGAGAUGCCAACAUUAUCCA